AAGGCUGCUUCCGGCGCUGGGAAAAGCGCGAGUUGGCUUUCCUAGCUGGGUCCUGUUGGCGGCUGCUCUGGUCACACUGGGAAGAAAUGUCCUCUGGUAAAGGAAGCCCAAAACAGGAAAUGAUUUCUGAAUUUCUCAGUUCAGCUGCCGAAGGAAAUAUUGCCAGGUUAACAGGCAUGCUCAGUUUUUCUCCAUCUCUUCUCAAUGAAACGUCUGAGAAUGGCUGGACUGCUUUAAUGUACGCUGCGAGGAAUGGACACCCAGAUGUGGUCCAGUUCCUGCUUGAGAAAGGGUGUGAUAGAUCAGUUGUCAAUAAAUCAAAGCAAACUGCACUGGAUAUUGCUGUAUUUUGGGGUUAUAAGCAUAUAGCUAACUUACUAGCUAAUGCUAAAGGUGGGAAGAAGCCUUGGUUCCUAACCAAUGAAGUUGAAGAAUGUGAAAAUUAUUUUAGCAGAACACUCCUGGAUCGAAAAAGCGAAAAAAGAAGUAAUUCUGACUGGCUGCUAGCUAAAGAAAGCCAUCCAUCCACAGUUUAUAUUCUUUUCUCAGAUUUAAAUCCCUUGGUCACUCUAGGUGGCAGUAAAGAAAGUUUCCAACAACCGGAAGUCAGGCUUUGUCAGCUGCACUACUCAGAUAUAAAGGAGUACUUGGCUCAGCCUGAGAAGAUCACCUUGAUUUUCCUUGGAGUAGAGCUUGAAAUGCAAAAAAAGUCACAUAAUCAUGCUGGAGAAGUCCCAGAAGAAGAGGAGGAUGGGUUGGUUGCCUGGUUUGCUUUAGGUAUAGAUCUUCUUGCUGCUGAAGAAUUUAAGCAAAGACAUGAAAACUGUUAUUUUCUUCAUCCUCCAAUGCCAGCUCUUCUACAGUUGAAAGAAAAAGAAGCUGGAGUGGUAGCUCAAGCAAGAUCGGUUCUUGCCUGGCAUAGUCGAUACAAGUUCUGCCCGACCUGUGGAACUGCAACUAAAAUUGAAGAAGGGGGAUAUAAAAGAGUGUGUUUGAAAGAAGACUGCCCUAGUCUCCAGGGCGUCCACAACACAUCGUACCCCAGAGUUGAUCCAGUAGUAAUCAUGCAAGUCAUUCAUCCAGAUGGGACCAAAUGUCUUUUAGGCAGGCAGAAGAGAUUUCCCCCAGGCAUGUUUACUUGUCUUGCUGGAUUUGUUGAACCUGGGGAGACAAUAGAAGAUGCUGUUCGGAGAGAAGUAGAAGAGGAAAGUGGAGUCAAAGUUGGCCAUGUUCAGUAUGUCUCUUGUCAGCCAUGGCCAAUGCCCUCCUCCUUAAUGAUUGGUUGUUUAGCUGUGGCAGUGUCUACAGAAAUUAAAGUUGACAAGAAUGAAAUAGAGGAUGCCCACUGGUUCACGAGAGAACAGGUUGUGGAUGUUCUGAGCAGAGGGAAGCAGCAAGCAUUCUUCGUGCCCCCGAGCCGAGCGAUUGCACAUCAGUUAAUCAAGCACUGGGUUGGAAUGAACCCCAAUCUGUAAACUGAAGCAUUGGGCUUUGAGUAUUAUUGUUGCUCAUACUACUUUUCAAUUGAGAUUAGAAAUAUUUAGUGCCCUUCAGAAUAUCAUAACAUAAUAUGUCUUGUUGGGCUGUCAUAAUAUUUGCAAAGUGUUCAUGCCUUCAUUAACCACAGAAUUCACUUUUUUAUAAAUUUCAGCAUUGCCUCAGAUUUUGUUAAAUUUGAUUGAGACUUUCAAAUAUUUUGAUUGUGCAUCACAGUUUUAUCUUACAAACCAUAUUUCUGUUAGACAUCAUAUAAAGAGAUGUAUUCUAGAAUGUGAAUAAGCCUAAAUUUCAGGCCUCACUAAAAUUCCUUCUGUGAGAAGUGAAACAAAAUUUUAAUGAAUUUUGAGCUUAUAUUGAUAUUUAAUCAUUUCAUGACCACAAAGGUUCUUUAAGUUACUGAGAGCUGAUUUUUGCUCACUUUUCUGUCACAGCCCAAUGUAGCAUUUCUUCCUGGUUCUGUUACCCUACAGUGGUGCUGCAACAGUUUCGCUCUUAGCCUCAUUAGACCAAUGCUAAGCAUGUGCUGUACCAGCCAGUUCUGCCAGUGAUCUCACAUAUCGCAUUCAGAGGAGGAGACUAACAUGGAGCAUGCCACUGUGCCUGGACUUUCUUUAAAAGCUAAAAUUAAUCACUAUAUCUGUUUACUACUUAUGCCCAAAACUGUUAUUAAGAUAAAUCAAGAUUCUCUACUUUUUCACUUGAAAUUAUAUGUAUUUGAAAGGAAUUAUCCUCAAAAGUUAGAUAGUAAAUAAAUCCCAGAUUCGUUUACAUACUCAGUUAAAAUCAGGUUUAUUUCAUUUUGUAAUGAGGAAUGUAUCUGUGUUAGCAAAAUAAAUUACAUGAUCACUCCCAUCAACACUUAAAAUAUUCAACUCCAGCAUCUUGAUUUUGACUUUGAACAUGUUCUUAAGAAGGAAAUGAGUGCAUUUCACAGCUCAACCAGUAAGAUUCUAAAGGAAGUAUAGUUGUUCACAAUUAGCAGCUUAAAAAUAUAUAUUUUACAAGGCUAUUUUAAAAUUGUUUUAAAAGAUAUUUUAUAAAUAUACAAAUUUAUAUAAUUUAGCUUUAUACUAUUUUGUGGUAGAAUUGGAAGAGACUUUGAGAUACUAUAUGAAAUCCAUUGCUUAUAUUUUAUAGUUAAGUAAAAGGACAUCUUGGAAGAUCCAUUUCAUUAAUUAGUGAAAAUUAUAUCAGUAAUGAAUUGUAAUGGCCUGUAUACUAUGUAACCCAGGGCAAGAGUUUCCCUCUAACUGUAAUAAAAAGAUUUUACCAAAAAUAUAUGUGGAAUAAUUUAAGAAAAGGGACAAAAAGAAGGAUAAAUUCAGCUUAUCAAAUGCCGCUAAAUCUGUAGGUGUAAUACUUAAUAUUUAUCUUAGGAAGAUAAAACUUUGUUAGAUAAAACCUUUAAUAAUGAACAAUUUUUAAUAGUUAAUGGAGACUUACUGAUAUCAGAAUUUUAAACCAAAUUAAGAGUUGCACAGGACAUUUAUAGAUAUGAUAGUGACUAUAUAAUUUCAUGGAAAAUAAGGUGUUAUGGUUAUUAUGAAAUACAGUGACUUAUGGUUCACUUUUACUCCAAAUGUGCAUUUAAUCCUUGCAGAUUCUAACAUUUAAAAAAUGUUACAGUUGGAAAGUAAAGUGUCAAAAAAUACAGUUAUAAAUUUUGUUUCAGAUAUUUAAUCCUAUACUUGAGAAAGUCAGUAUCUAAGUCAAUUAUUGAUGUAGUAAUUAUGACUAAAUUGCUAACCUCCGACAGGUGAGUAGGUGCAUGCACCUAGAAGGGAAAGCCAGUUCCAAAACUGAUGAGGAUGUGUCAGGAAUGUGUUCUAAUGGAAACGAAUGUGACAUUAAAAUAUUUAUUUUCUGUUUUGUGUGUUUUCUGUUUUUUAAUGUUUUGGUAAGUUUUUUGUGACAAGUGUUAAAAGCCAAAUUUUAGUCAUUAUCUCCUAUUUAGAAGCGUGAUAAGGAUUAAAAAAUGUGAAAGCCUUC